AUGGCAGGUCUACAAUGUUUUGGUUGUGGGCAAGAAUUUGGCUUCUUUCGUCGAGAAGUGAGUCUUAUAUAUACUGUAUUCAGAGGUACAUGUUUUUUAGGCAAGACAUACUUUAACAUUACAGGAACAGAAUUAUUUCGAAUUCUAGCACCUCGUAUCCAAACGUCUCAACAUUUUAGGUUAACUUCUGUCUUGCCUUAGUACUAAAGACUAAAGAUAAUAAAUGCUAAAAGCUAUAACAUAAAUUUUCAGCAUGGCUGUAAGAAGUGUGGACGAUUGUUUUGUUCCGGUUGCACCUCCUAUUCCAUGGUUCUCCCGGAACAUGGCUCAAAGAAAAUGAAAGUUUGUUUUCAGUGCUUCAAAAAUGCUACAAGGUGAUGUGAGUGAAAUUUGUAGGAGUAAUCAAUAUACCUAUAAUUUCACUGCGUUUUCGGAUUUUUUAGGGUCAGUUAAGUUUGCUAAGUUUUUCUCGCAAAUCGUAUCUUUUUCUCUAGUAAUACAAAGAAGGAAGUUCAAAAUACAGAGGGGAAUAACUUAAAUGACUUAAACAAGAAUACAGAUUUACCCAGACCUGGUCAAAGCUCAUUUCAGGUAACUAACAUCAUCAUUGUUACUAUAUAAAUUUUAAAUAAAAAUUAAGGAGAGCCUGGAGGAAUGCUCUAUAAAAAAGGGGGUCAUUUGAAAAUUUUAAACCAUAUCAUUUUUUAACCUAUAGCUUACAGCUCCACUUGUAAUCAUCGCCAUCAUCAUCUUUUUCUGUUGGCCAAGAUUCUUCAAACACCUUCUUUACACACCUCUCUAACGGUCAUCACAGUGUACUGUUUCUGAACGAAGUCCCUUGAUGUGAUGCUGGGAAAGGAUAGCAUUGAUAGAUUUCAUUGAGAGCAUCGUGCAAAGAAAGUCAUGUCCGAUAGCCCGGGGCUAGUGGAUAUUGCUAUUGGGCUAGUGACUUUUGUUCUUAACUUGCCCAACAAGUGAAGUUUUUUGUGGAAAAUUCAAAUUAGAGAAAGAUAAUAAUCAAUCCUGCUAAUCAAAAAGGGUUUUGCGGCUAGCUGAAAUGACUUGUGGGCUAGUAGAUGUUAGCUACAGCUUGCCAAAAUGUCAGGCUGUAAAACUGACUGAGAGGCAGUUUGGUCUCCACCAUAUUAGGUAGAAUAUAGUUUCACCUUUGAUAUGGUAGCAGUGCCCUCCAAAAUGCACCCUCUUUCGCUUAAGCAUGUGGGAGACAGGUAGCAAAUCAUCAUAGAGCUCCUUUAUGGUAGCAUGCUGCGCAAACAAGAAACUCUGGUUUCCUUUGAUAAACAGCUAGUACAGUGGAAGCCCUUGGAAGUGGACAGUCAGUCACCCUCGGGAUGUGAAAAAGGUGUCCAUAACUGGAGUGGCCACCCAUGGGAAUGUGAAAAUACAGAGUUUGUAUGGUAGUUGCGAAAAAAUUAAAAUGAGGCUUUGUGAAAGCCGCCAAAAGUAUAGCUCUCUGCAUGUGAAACUGUUCAUUAGGAGAGCUUCUACUGUAUGCAGUUGUUUAAAUGUCUUUACUGUGGCCAAUGUUUUUGUCUAUUCACUUGACAAAACUGUCAUCUUUUUGCACCUCUGUUAUACCUGCCAACUUUUUCUGAGAUAUAACCGUGAGAUUUUUAUCAUGGGAGUGCUGGGAUUUUUGAAGACGACACAAUCAUUUCCGAAGAUUCCCGAAGAAGUCCGAAGUCUUCCGAAGAAGUCCGAAGUCUUCCAAAGACGUCCGAAGUCUUCCGAAGACCAAAUUUGCAUACUGUGACGGGUUUGUGCUUUUCACUUCAAAAAUCAGAAAUCGCAAGGAAGGUAUUGUUUUGUUCAUUUUACACAUGAUUUUCUCAAAUAUCUUUUGGAAAUUGUGUCAAGCAAGACGGCAACAGCUCCAUUUUUCAACCUGCAACAAAUGGACCACCUGGCGUGAACAAAUAUUCCCAUUUCUUCAUCAGAGAGUUGGCAGGUAUACUCUGUCAAAAAUUGUUUGUUCAUGAUUCUAAAAUAUCUCAAUCAGAAACCUGCAACAAGUGGACCACCCAGAACAAAUAUUCCCAUUUCUUCAUCAGCAAGUAAUGAGAAUUUGUCAGUUGAUCCAGAUGAAGCAAUAAGAAAAAGACUUGCAGAGCUAAGAACAGACAGUGCUGCUUCUGAAGGUACUCUCACUACUGAGACUCAGGGCAAAAUUCCUGAAUUUUGAUAGACUUUUGUCUAAUAUUAUUUAAAUCCGGUGGACCAAUAAUUAUUAACAUUCUACCAUGCCUUCAAGUUUGUUUUCAACAGAAUUUUUAAAUGAUACUUUAUUAUAAUAUUGUUUUUUUUUAAUUUUGUUUUUUAUGAGGCAUUUCUUAAUUACACCUUCCAAAAUCUCCUUUAUAAAUUAUCUUUUACAGACAAUUCUCCUGCAUCAAAAGUCACUGAUGAAGAUAUAGGACAAAGGUUUGAGAAUCUCACGGGAAGAAAAGCAACAUCAAUGCAGAAUUCAGAUGUAAUUAUCAGCUGUUAAAAAAGGACGAUUUGUUAACUUUGUUGGGUAAUGAUCGUACCAUACUUAAAGCUUUUUUUGUUUGUUUGUCUGUAGAUCAAUGCUCCUAAACCAAAAAAAUCUGAAGCAGAGGAGAUUGAUGACUUAAUGAAGCAAAUGGUAGCAGAAACAAAGCUUGAUGAGGAUCAUGACAAAAACGCAACUAGAAUUACAGACAAAGAAAUUGAAGAAAGACUUGCAAAACUAAAAGACUUGGACCCAAGUGAGGGGAAAAUAUUUUAGCUUUAAUUCUUUUAUAUUCUACAGACAUUGUUAGACAGAACACAUUUUAGUAAAAUCGGCAUGUCAGUAUCCUUCUUUUGUCUAAUCUGCACUUUUGAGAGUUUUCUGUUUGUUGUUUGAGCUGUUUAUUGUGCUUUCAACUGUGAGCGUUUUCUUAACAUGUUAGGUCUUACAAAUCAACCAAAAGGGAGGGAGUUUGACAGUGAUGAAGAUGAUGAAACAGCGAGUCAACGAUACCUUAAACAGGUACCUCUUCUUAGAAGUCUGGUCAUUAACAAAAUGACACUUUAAUAAUUCCAGAUCCUAUUUAAUUGUGAUUUGUUUUUGUGAUGCACUUGUUAUCUGCACAUUAAGUGGUUGUAAUCAGCAAAUUGUUAAAUUUGUAAAAACAUACACUGGCUGAAACCUUGUAAAAUUAAUGUGGCUACUAAUCAGAUAUUUAUAGGGGAUAUAGUUGGUUGAGGUGAAUGGUGGUUUUUUCCCUUAAUGAACCCCUCAUGAGAACCAAACCUAGAGUAUUGGCCCCUGCCCUCCUAAGUAAUGCCUUCCUAGAGUCAUUAAUAUUUUCCAUUCAUUCUCUUCAAGACCUGUACCUCUUUAAGAUGGACCAGUAGAGCCAGUUCCUACAGUUUUAGCUUGAGAAAACGGCCAAAAUUAUGUAACACUACCACUGUUUUCCCCGCGAAAUGAUGUAUGAGACCAAACACAGAAAUUUCUUACUCAUGACAUGUCACUACCCAGGUCUGGGUAGUGCCUCUGAUUGGUUGUGCCAUGUGGAAAAUUUGCUUUAGCCAAUCAGAAGCACUACCCAGAUCUGGGUACUGAAUUUGUGCACUUGUUUCUCAGACAUCAUUUCACUGGGAAACCAGUAGUGGUGCCGCAAAUGUCGGCUUUUUUUCUCAGCCUACUGCUGCAGUUUCCAUGUCAAAAGGAAUUGAAUGUACAUGUAAUGAGUCAGCUGUGGGUUUGCAUGUAGAAAAGUAGUCAUCUGUCAGGGUUGUAUCAUACCUUGCUGUCCACCAUGAAAAUACACAGAUCAGGUUAAGCAACUGCUAAAUAGCAGUGAUGUGAUUUUUUUUUUUCUAAAGAUUUUGGGAGAAGUAGCAUUGGAGUUAAAAACUGAUGACAUUGGUAAGUGAAUAAAGUGACAUCUACUGUUGUUGAAGUGGGUAUAUGCAGGCAGCAAUGUGAGUUCAAAUUUAGAAGAGAUCAGGGUUCAUUAGAGAUCUCCUAGGAGGGGAGGGAGGCUGGAGACAAACAUCCUCUAAAAAUUUUAAAAAAUUAAGCCUUUUAGCUGGAAAUUUUUCCAAAUUAUUUUGCCCAGAAAUUACUCUCUAGCUCUCAAGCCAUCAGUUGUAAUUCCAAGAUGGUGUUCACAGGACAUCCCUUGACAAAGAAGGCUCUCUGGUCAAAUCCAUGGAAGGGAUGGUAUAGGGGAGGUUGAAUUUCCAAAUGUUUUUUCUUCGUCUCACACAAUAUUUUGUAAUUUAUUGUUCUUCCUCUCUUUCUCCCUUAUUCUUCAAGACGUACAUAUUAUUUUUUGUGUGGUUAUGGUUUAUCAAGGUUUAAAGUAACUAAUCAUGGCCCAGUUGAGCACCUUUUCAAGGGCUGUUUUAACAAGGGUAAAGGCCUUAUAAAAGCAAGUUUAUUGAACUUGGCAAAAUAUGUCACAGUUCUCUCUCUAUUUUGUUUUAAGCUUGAGCAAGUCUUUUGUUUUACUGUUUAAGUGAACAGUUAAAGCAAACUUUUGUUUAAACUAUCCCAUAUUUAUGUCUGUUUUAAUUUGAAAAAAAAAACCUCAUUUUUAACAACAUUUUAUUUCCGUAAACAGGUGAACAUACAAUAGGCAACUCCAGUAAGUCAAGCAAACCCCAAAAACCAGGAAAAUCAAGGGUAGGUAAAAGAGUGUAAAAUUAAUGUUGUGGCUCAAUUUUAUCCUUGUUUAAAUAUUAUUUCCCUUUGUUUUGGGGUAUGGUAAUGUAUGAUAUUGAGUUUGAAACAAAAGAAAAUAAAAUUUAAACCAAGGAUAAAAUUUAACCACAACAUAGACAUAUAUCUCACAUGACCUCUGGGUAGCCUGCAUAAUGAUGCUGGAACUUUAGAAAGAAUUUUAGAUAGGCACUAGGGAAUAUUGGAUUUUUUUCAGGGUGCAGUAGAGAAAUUGAGUUUUUAUUGGCUUAGCAUAAUAGCAGACUAGCCACUUAUUAAAAAUAGAAUAGAUGCUUGGCACUAAAUUUUAAACAGUUACAUUACUUAAAACUUAAUCAUUGAUAAUUGAUAAUUUUUGAAUAAUUAUUAAUGAUUUUUCAUUAAUGAAUAUUAAUAAAUUUUAUUUAUUUCAGGUAGAUUCCACUUGUUGACAUUGCUAACCAAUCUUACAUCUGUUCAUAGCCUACAGAUUUCAACUCUGCCAAUACUCCAUCAAAGAUAAGCAGUAUAUUCAGUAAGGAUUACGAAGCAAACAGUGAUGAUGAUGAUGCUGAAUUACCUUGGUGCUGUAUAUGUAAUGGAAACGCUGUACUGAGAUGCCAUGGUUGUGAUGAUGACUUGUAUUGUCGAAGAUGCUAUAAGUAAGACAUAUAAGUUUUCUGUAUUGCUUCUUUGCAUACAUCAAUCCUUUUCCCUUCAAUCAAUCCUUUCAAGACUUUCAGGAAUUUCAUCUCUCCGCUGUACACCUUUACUGACCUUUUGCUUAGCAAAGCAGUAUCUUCCGGCCCAGAAAAGUUCUUAGUUUUAUUCCUUGCCCAGACAAAUCCCGUGGUGACAUAUUCCCUGCUCACAGAUGUCCUUCUAUAAAGUUUUUUCUUUAAGGAUUGUCUUAAUAGUUAAAAAAACAUGACUAGAAUGUGCGAGCAUGAAUUGAUAGAACCGUUUAAUUUCUAAGGCUUAUUUUCUAACUUAUAGAAUGAACUGUUAGGUAAAAGGUGAAAAGAGAAAAAUUACCACUUCUAAGCAAAUCUGGAAACUGAGAAUGUUUUGAUCAAAGCUGUGUAAAUCGACCCGAAUCGUGCAUAGAACCUUGCGUUUCCUGUUUUUACCUGACCUAUUGUAUGGAAUAUGUGUGAAAAUCUUCAAUAUGAUCAUGAAUCGGUAUAUUUCAAAGAGCUACAAGAAUACUAUUGGCCGACGACAUACAGAGUGGGGGCAACUCUAGUGUCAACUAUUACUAGUAAUUCACUUAAUAAUUUUUAUUGAUAAUUUAAAUUUGAUUGUUGUUUUCCUUGUAGGGAGGGUCACAGUCGUGAAGAUUACGAAGACCAUGAUAUAUCAGAGUACAGGCCUCCAAGAAAGAAAAGAUGACAUUAUUAAUCAUCUAUGCAUCAAUUUUAGAGCUUUAAUGCAAACAUGGAGUAUUUGUUUUGUCUAUAUCUCUGGAUGAUAAUUAUUUAUAAUGAUGUUUUAAGUGGUGACUGGUCUUCAGUUGGAAUCAGCAACUUUUGCAAAUCAGUAAAGACAUUUCGGC